AUGGUGGCGCGGGCGCUGUGGGCGCUGCUGGCGGCGCUGCGGGCGGGCUGGUGCCUCCUGCCGCAGAGCGGGUACCUGCACCCCGACGAGUUCUUCCAGGCGCCCGAGGUCAUGGCAGGAGAUAUUUUAAAUCUACAGGUCUAUUAUCCAUGGGAGUUCCUUUCCAACUCUCCUUGCAGAACAGUUGUUUUCCCAUUAAUGACAUCAGGAGUUACAUACUGGGUGAUCAAGUCUUUGCAGCAGUUGGACAUAUGUUCAAGUUGCAUCAACAGCUACACUCUCCUUGUAUCUCCUCGCCUGCUCUUUACAAUCUUUUCUUUCAUUCUCGACUAUAGCAUUUAUCGAUUGGCUCCUUUCUGGGGAGCAGAUCCAUGGAAAGCGCUGGUGCUUCUUGCUGGAUCCUAUGUCACGCUGGUGUUUUAUACAAGGACAUUUACCAACACACUCGAAGGACUUCUCUUUGCUCUUCUCAUGGUACUGGUUUCUUCAAGGAAGUCCAGUGGCUGCUCAGCAGAGCCUACAAGCAGCUCUCUCUUAGGUGUCAUAACAACUGCUGGGUUUUUCAACAGGCCAACCUUUCUGGCAUUUGCUCUAAUGCCUCUGCUAUACUGGGCCAGUUUAAUUGUUGACUCUCAAAAGAGCAUUAAAACUCUUAUAAAUGACUUUUUGAAGUUUAUCCUAUGUGCAUGUUUUACCGCUUUUGUUUUCAUAACUGCUGACACCUUCUAUUUUACCUCCGUGAGCUUAGACAACCUCUACAGCACUAACAAGAGCAGCCUAAUUGAUGUAAUCGUUCAAUUACAUGACAAAAUGGUAGUAACCCCCUUCAAUUUUCUCAGCUAUAAUCUUAAUCCUCAUAAUCUUGCACUGCAUGGAAGUCACCCACGAGUUACACAUUUUACAGUCAAUGGAGUGAUGCUGUUUGGUAUCUUACAUAUUCUGGCCAUCGGCGCAGGCUUUAAAAUGCUAAAGAAAUAUGUACAUCAGUUAAUGCUGGUCAGAUGGUGUUGCCGUGGGCUGCCUGGGCUCUUGGUGCAUUCUGAGGGCAGUCCAAUUUUGCUGCUGUUUUAUUUUGUUCCUUUGGCAUUUCUCUCCCUGUUCAGUCACCAGGAACCUCGGUUUCUCAUCCCUCUCAUCCUGCCUUUGGUCCUGUUCAGCGCGUCACCAAGCAGAGCUGUGAAAUGGAAGCUCCUCGUUGUUCUGUUCAACCUUCUGGGGGCACUUCUGUUUGGGUGCUUACACCAGGGAGGGCUCAUUCCCUGUUUGUUUCACUUGGAGCAGCUCAUCCAUUCUCCAGCAUCCUCAAGCCACCCGCAGCACUACACUCUGCUCUUUGCACACACCUACAUGCCUCCGAGGUCUCUGCUCAAUAUCAAGAAGACAGAUGUGCAUGUGGAAGUCAUUGACAUGGCUGGGGCUGGAGAAGAAACCCUCUGCCAGACAGUAGAGCAGCGAGCAAGCAAUUUCACCUGCAGCAACUGUCACAUCUUUAUUAUAAUCCCUGGUACUGUCAGAGCCACAAUUACAAAAUGUGAUGUCUCAUUCAAGAACGAGACUUUGAUAUUUCCUCACUUAUCAAUGGAAGACCCACCACAAAUACCUGUCCUAUCCAGUGGAAAUUGGAGGAGUCAGUUAGGACUUUACAUCCUUGAGCUAAACAGAGAUCAUCAGAGCCUUUAGAUUUUAGGAGAACAAAGUUUUAGUCUUUUACUUCAUUUGGGUACUGUCUGAUGGUGCUGUGAGACCUUUCUCUUUCAUACACCCCCUUUCAGCAUCAGCAAUGGCACUGGGAGCUCUCCUACAUCUCUUUAUUCCCAUUCCUCACACUCUUAGGGUAGCCAGUUCCGGAUAGAACCUGCUUAAAAUUUGACUUACUCAGCCCUGUGGUAUUUCAUGUGAACUUUUGUACUUCUCAUGAGAGAGGAUGAAAUCAGAGCCCACCAAAACUGUGAUUGAAGCUUAGCUGUUUCCAUGCGAGAUUUAUUUUUGAAAGCUCUAAUAAUCUGACAGGGUUUGGGGACUGUGGGGUGUUUACUGAUAAUAGGCAUUAAUUCAGCUGCUGGAGAGAGGUUACAGGGUUAGACAAAAGCUGGUCUGACUCAGUAAUCUUUUAUUUUAUGUUCUUAAAAAUUCAUUAGACCAGACUGCAGUCACCACUGCCUUGGGUGGGUCCAUCUUGAAAAAUCCCCAGCCCUGAUCUAGCUGAAUCUGAUUUAGAACAUGGAGGAUG